AUGCAAGAGGCUAUAGGCUAUGCGGGGACUUUAGAUAGCAAUGGAAUUUCAAUGCAACGUUUUUCAACUGGUGGAUUUUGUCUAUUAGUAUUUAAUCUUACUAAUAGCCAGGAAGAUAAUGGCCCAGAGACUUUUGAUUUAAUAAAGAAUGGAACAACAAGUGUAAAAAUGUCUUUUAAUGAACCGAUUCCACAGGGAGGGGUUGUUUUAAUAGCUAUGGGUGAAGUUGAUUCGCUAUUGAUGUUAGACAGAAACAGAACAAUAACCAGUGAUAUUUCAGUAUAAA